AUGUGUACAUGCAGAAGCUCGACCCACUCACCAAGCCCAGCCAGAAUCCAGAACUCUCCAAUCAGUGUUCUUGUUCCUGUACUGCUGUUGAAUUUGUGUACCUUGCUGGUUCAAGGGCCAUACCCAGCUUCUUGUAUUCCUGUGACCGAAUUUUUCCCGUUUGGCACCAGCAGUGACCAGACAACUGAACGUUCAGACGACGGUGGGUCCGGACGAAUCAACCUGACAGUCAUGUUUCCUUUCUUUGGCAAUCGGCACGACAAGCUUUAUGUAAACAACAAUGGAGUCAUCUCAUUCUUUGACGAGCUGAGGACUUACAGACCUGAAGACUUUCCUCUAACAGAAAAAAUUCCAAUCAUAGCACCAUAUUGGGCCGAUGUAGACAUAUCCAUUUCUAAUGGCACAGUGUGGUAUCGGGAAUCCAGAGAUCCACAACUGUUGGCCAAGGCUACCAAUGAAAUAAGGGCAUUUUCUGCAUACAGAAACUUUCAAGCGUACUGGGUGUUUGUUGCCACUUGGGAUGAAGUAGGUUUCUUUGGGGCUAGUGAAGACGGUUUGAAUAAGAAAAAUACAUUCCAAGCAGUGUUGGUGUUGGAUACAACUGGCAAGCUGUCAUUUGUGAUCUUGAAUUAUGCAAAAAUUGAAUGGACAACAGGGUCAAACAGCCUCGGACACUCGUUAACGGGCCUCGGCGGUAAUCCGGCCCAGGCUGGCUUCAAUGCCGGAGAUACAGUUCACUUUUUUGAGAUUGAAGGUGCUGGCACAUCCUCUGUUAUAAAUCUCACUGCUACAUCAAAUAUGGGAAUACCUGGAAAGUGGAUAUUUCGCAUCGAUUCUUCAGAGAUUCAAGAUGUUUGUUCCCAGUCAGAAUCUAGUUUAGUCUCCUUCCAGCCAGCGUUCACCUCGAUGCUAAGUGCAGAUGCUAUCACAGUGAAUGGUCUGUGCCUAGACACAAAGGUGCCAUCUAUAGAAGGCCAGCUGGAGGGUGCCACAGGCCCCCGAGAAUUAUGCUGCUUCUUAGAGGAUAAUUCAGCCAGAUGCUACCUGCCUCCAUUGGUGCUUACAGGAUUUGUAAAUAUAUCAUUGAAAAUUGGCGGUGGAGGGUGGAAUUACAGCGGAGAAUUAGAAAUUAAAAAUAUUGUUGACAUGCCACCUGCUGUUAUACGAGAUGUCCCGGAUGAGUGGAUGACUGGAAACACAGUCAGCAUCUCCUGGAAGUAUGGUUUUCUAGAGUGGGCCACAAGUUACAGUAUUGAAAUUUUAGCCUUCAAG